AUGUCUGGCUACCGGCCGCAACUGCAGCAGCUGGUAAUGGACCUUUCAUCCAAUGUACAGAGCUUGAACAGAGAAUUGAGCCAAGCUCAGCCUAACCCACCCACUCCCAAUUCUGUCAACGCCAGCAUGCCCUCUCCUGAUAUUUUUAGCCAAGGUGUUGGCACCCCCACCCACAAGCCUACUAUUGGCCUCAAAUUGCUUUUGUUCUUGAGUGCUUCUCCCGCUUCGGGAAGUAGUGUCGCCAUGCCUACAAGGACACCAGGCAGCCUCGACAUGGAAGUGAAAUCUGAGAAGGAUGCAAGUCAAACUAAGUGCCGAGCAAUGGUUCUUAAGAGCAGUUUUAAGGGGAAUCCCCAUAACAACUUAAUUGUCGAAGAGAUCUCUGCAGACCUUUACUUGUUGGUAGUUACAGAACAGUUGUUCAUAGAAAGAGGUGCCGAUUUCAAGGAGAUUAUCCGAGGAUUGGCAACAAAUGCAAUCCAGCACUCGCAAAAUCCCUCUUCUAUCACCAUCGACCUGUCUGACGGUCUUUUUGAUAUGUUUGCACGAGACAUCAGGACAUGGAGGAACAAGCUCAAGUCACAUCUCCUUGGUGAAAUCCCGGCAUUGUAUGGUGCUGGAGGGGGUGUGGAAGUGGGCGCUGCUGCACACGCUGUCGAGUUGGCAAUUGACGGUGGUAACUAUGCAUUCCAAACCUAUGAAGCCGCGACAGGCACCACAGAUGAGUCACCACGUUUCGGGCCGCUGGAACACCCUGCCAUUGCUGCUGUGUUGGAAUACACAUUUGGGCUCAAAGAACUGCAACCGGCAACUGACACCAAGUGCCAGGAUCUCAAGAUAAGGCUAUCCAAGCCCAGCAUUGAGACGGUUGUAUUUGCAUUGACUAUUACAUGCGGCUCAAACAAUUAUCUCGAGAUCAAAUAUGCAUUGAAUCAACACCAAAGGGGCCGUGUGGUGCCAGCUCUUCAAGAAUUCUCUCAUUCCAACUACUAUGAAGACUGGAAACGUUUAUGCUCCAUGUGGGGUCAUUGGAGUGCUAAGGAAGAUCGGGCUGAACAAUGGAACAGGAUCUCGAUGAAGCUUGGCAAUGUCAUACUCUCGAAACUUGGCCUGGGUGCUUCACACAAAAUGGAAUACCUGUUGGACACUGAGUGA